AUGGUACAUGAAAGAGUGCAUCACUUCAUUAACAGGAAUGGUUCUAUUUCUUUUGUUCACAACAAUGAAGCGGAAGAAGAAAUAUAUAUAAUACAGAGCAGUCAAGUCCGUGCAAUAUAUCGAAAAAGCAAUUUAAUUGAAGCUUCUGGUGGUGAAACAGCAAUUUCAAACAACGAAGAAUUGACCUAUAUUAAAAAUAUUUCGGCUGCUUCUUAUUUAAAAACAGUUCAAAGUCCUCGUGUUUUAUCUUACAUGCAAAUAGCUUUAAUAUCGAUUUACCUAGUUGAAUAUGCUGUUGUACUAGUCAAAGCAUAUCCAUACAUUGAAGGUUCAUUCAAUGGAAUAUUCUACCAUGAAGAAACAGAAAAAAAUCUUAAAAAAUUUCUAUUACACAUUAAUGAAGAACAGAAUUAUUGUUAUUAUUGUGUCAGUAAUUAUACUACUUUUGCAAAAUUACGAGAACUAGUUGAUAGGCAAGAUAGGAACAUUCUUUAUUUGGAACGAUUAAGAAUAGUUCGAAUUUGUUUCAAUGUGGUGAAUGUAACAAAUUUAGUUAUAGUAUACAUGAUGUUUGGUGGACCAAAAACAAUUGCUAUAGCCACAAUGUUAAGCGCUGUACUCACAUUUGCCACGCUGUAUGUUGAACAUAAACGGAACCAAAUUAUCUGUGAUUCAUUUAUAGUGAUAAUAUUUUCCAUUAUUAUUGGGAAGUGUAUAUACACAUUGAACUGUAUCAGGGAUAAACUAAUCAUGGCAUCAUCAACAAGAGAACAAUAA